CCAACGAACGUCCUUCAUCUGUCCUGAGCUUCUCUAACGGGGUCGCCAAUCUCACGAUGAACAGCCAUGGCAGAAGCUUAGCUCGACUCCUAGAAUCCGUUGGCAGAUUCUUCUCUUCUUCAUCUUCCUCAGCCGCCGCCUCUGCAACCUCCUCCCAAUUCCCUCGAACUUUGGCCGGUCUCCGUGAACGACUCGCCGUUGAGACCCCCUCACUUUCCGACUUCAUUGACCUGCAAUCUUCUGAGUCGUAUUCGGUGGAGGUUGGUACGAAGAAGAAGCCCCUUCCUAAGCCUAAAUGGAUGAAGGAAUCCGUGCCUGGUGGCGAGAAGUAUGUUCAAAUCAAGAAGAAGCUCCGCGAAUUGAAGCUUCAUACGGUUUGUGAGGAGGCUAGGUGCCCUAAUUUGGGGGAAUGCUGGUCUGGUGGAGAAACCGGCACUGCCACUGCUACGAUUAUGAUACUUGGUGACACUUGUACCCGGGUUUCCAGGUUCUGUAACGUCAAAACAUCACGAACUCCGCCUCCACCAGACCCAAAUGAGCCGAAAAAUGUUGCUGAGGCAAUCGCAUCAUGGGGCUUGGAUUAUGUGGUCAUCACUAGUGUGGAUCGCGACGAUUUACCUGAUCAAGGGAGUGGUCAUUUUGCAGAGACUGUGCAGAAACUUAAGGUGUUGAAGCCAAAUAUGCUGAUCGAGGCAUUGGUUCCUGAUUUUCGAGGAGACCCCGGCUGUGUAGAAAAUGUUGCAAAGUCAGGCCUCGACGUCUUUGCUCAUAAUAUAGAGACAGUUGAGGAGCUUCAGGGAGCUGUUAGGGAUCAUCGUGCUAAUUUUAAGCAAUCAUUAGAUGUUCUAGUUAUGGCCAAAGAGUUUGCCCCUUCUGGAACACUUACGAAGACUUCCAUUAUGUUAGGCUGUGGGGAGACACCAGAUCAAGUCGUGCAAACAAUGGAGAAGGUGAGAGCAGCUGGAGUUGAUGUGAUGACGUUUGGUCAGUACAUGAGACCUUCAAAGCGCCAUAUGCCUGUAUCAGAAUACAUCACUCCUGAGGCUUUCGAGAAGUAUCAAAAUCUUGGCAUGAAAAUGGGUUUUCGGUAUGUGGCAUCUGGCCCAAUGGUUAGGUCCUCAUACAAAGCAGGAGAAUUCUAUAUCAAAUCAAUGAUUGAAUCAGAUCGGUCAGCUUCUAGUUCACACCCUACCCAGCCUUGAUUAUUGCUACCAUUUCUAUUGGUCAUUUGUCUCCAACCAUCCCAACAUAAUUAACCACGUUGCAUGUAUGUUGACGUGUUGCCAAAUUGCACUUUUGUUCCGUCAUUUGUCAAUUUUCUGUGCUCCUGAUCCGCUGCAGAUGCCAUUGAGUCUGCUUUGCUAUGUUAUAUGAUAUGUCCCCUUCCUCCUGUUCUUGCCGAUCAGCAUGGGAAUAUUGCUAUUCUUGUAAUGUUGAAAUUGGACUUUCAUUCAUUUGCUAUUUGUAUAGGUUUUUACUUCUUUACCAUUUUGCUCGUUCAUUCAAAUGCUUCACUUAUUGGAUUCUAAUGAAAAAGCAGGUUCAACUGUUAACGAGUUGACAUAAAGGCUCUGCUCAUUUUCUUCUCUAGCCCUCAUCCGGUGGUGGGAAAAGCUGUGAAGUGCUCUGUUGAGUGGUAAAAUAUUUUUGUAUUGGAAGUUAAAAAGGAAAGUCAGGUGAAAACAUUAUACAUCUUUUUACGAUACCCUGUCUGACUUAUAACUUGAACCAAUCCUGCCCCGUAUUAAACACGCCAUUGACAGUCAGUAUCUUCUCCAUUGGUACUGGGCGUCGAGCCAUUUCCCUGCCAACUCUGCCACAGCUCCUCUCUUCCCCUCUCUGUUUCUGGAGUGUCACGCCCAGCAGAAUCUUGGAAACAGGUCAGCCUCAUAUCCUAGACAAGGAUCGUGGUUCAGCGAAAACUCCGUCACCGGGAUGCGCCAUCACCGAUGUUGGAAACAUCCCUGGCACUGGAACCCCGGAAGAGGAAACCGUCAAAGAAGUCCUCUCAGAGACUCCCAUUGCCAAGCCAUGUAACAUACAGCAAACAUCCCCAAAGAACAAGUCUUCCGAGUUGAAAGUAAAAUCAAGUGAAAUGGAUGGUUCACUCAACAAAGUGGAGGAAGGUACACUUUCAGUUUCAGAGGUAUCUCAGGUUACAGAAUGGUGCAGCAAUAUGAGCGAAAGCGUGUCAAUGGCGACCACCAUUUCGGAGCAAAGAGAAGGGGACGAAGCAUCAAGUAAACAGAGCAGAGAAAUGGGUCGGAAUCCAAAACCGAAAAUUCGAAGAAAGCGUCCAUAUUCCGGCGACCCAUCAUAUCGAAGAGAACAGAGAGACAAAUGUGCAACAAAGAGACCUGCUGAACUGUUAUCAGAGAAGAAGUCGCGUGUUACUUGCAGAUACACACAUGGAACGACAGAAUCAAGAGAGGCAAGGACCAGGAAACUGAAUGGAGGGCAAGAACAAAAAUCUGGAGUCAACCAUGGCCGCCGUUCGAGGUCACCAGCUACUCGAACAGUUAGAGAAACGAAUAAGACAGGGAAUAUGAAAAGCAGUGCCUUGAAAGUGACUGGACAAGCCGGUGAGCAGCCAGAGGCAGUGACCACCGAGAAAAGAGACGAAGGAAAGGUGGAUAAGGCAAUGGAUGGUUCAGCAACUCAGCCCCCAAAUGAAUCCAUUGAAAACCCUCUUGUCUCACUUGAAUGUUUCAUCUUUCUGUAGAUUUUAGAACAUAUUAGUGUAUUGGGUAGGAGUUGGUUGGCUUGUAUGUCAAAAUUCUGGAAAUGUGUUGUAUACAAGACUUGGGUAGUGGUUGCUGUAGUUAUUUGAUUGCUUGUUGUUCA